AAAAUGUUUCCUUUAUACCAUGGAAUUUGAGGAGUAAUAUUGAAUACUUGAGGUGGACAUUAUUUGGAAAUUCUUCAAGGCAGAUUAUGUCCGCCGGAAUGGCUGCCUGCGAAAACCUAGCCAUGGCUUGGAUAAUUCCCUAUUUCACAUAGCAUUGUGCAUUUGCCUUUUUUUUAAUUACUGAAUUUGUGAUAAUGAGCGUUUUGCAUACUGUGGGAGUUCACCUGAUUUUCAUGACGAAAAGAAACUAUAUUUAACUAACGGAUGAAGACAAGAAACAAAAACAGCUAUGACAAACUUGGCAGAUAAUAUGGUAGGGUGUUUAGAUAAUGUUUCUCAUAAGAUGCAUUCAUGGAGUUUAUACUAUGGUGGCUGCGCUAAUCUCACUUCUUUAAUAUACAAUGUGGCAUUGACCCAUACAUACAUUGAAAAAAAUAGGUUGACUUCUCUAUUUGAUGGUUUAACUUAAGAAUUUGUUCUUUAUGUACGCCUUUAUUACAACUGUGGCUUUUGGUAUGAUGCAGAGAUGAAUGUUUAAAUACAAUAAUUUAAUAGCCCAAUAUAUUGAUAGUUGUGGGUUAUGCUUGCAUCAAGAUGCAUUAAAUGAUGAAUCCAAUUAUUCAAUUAAACACAAUGUAAGCAAAGAGAGCUUGCAAAAGUAUUGGGAGAUGAAGGUGUCAUUAAUUUUGAAGAUGUAGUACAUGUUAUCAUGAAAAAUGGACGGUCUUUGCCAGAGUGCUUCAAGCUUUUUGAUUUAUUUCACAUACUUACCACUGACCAUCAAACUGUGACAAGAAUUACUAAGGAGGUCAUUGAAGAUUUUGCUGCUGAGAAUGUUGUUUAUCUUGAACUAAGAACAACUCCAAAGCAAAAUGAAUCUAAAGGAAUGACAAAGCUCUCAUAUAUGAAAGCAGUCAUUAAUGGCAUACAAGCAGUUGAUACUGUUGAUGUUGCUUUUGUAACAUCAGGUGCAAACAAUUUACCUCUUUCCGAAACUACACCAGUAAAUUGUAUAAGCAACUGCAACAAGAGGAAGAAAAUUUAUGUGCGCCUUCUUCUGAGUAUUGAUCGCCGUGAGACCACUGCAUCUGCAAUGGAAACAGUCAAGCUUGCAAGGGAACUGAAGGAUUUUGGUGUGGUUGGACUUGAUCUCUCUGGCAAUCCUAUUGUCGGUGAAUGGGAAACUUUCCUUCCCGCACUGAAGCAUGCUAAAGAGAUAGGGCUUCCUAUUACUCUCCAUUGUGGAGAGGUGCCAAACCACAAGGAAAUCAAAGCAAUGAUCGAUUUUUGCCCCCAACGAAUAGGCCAUGCUUGCUUCCUUAAAGAAGAGGAAUGGACGAGGGUGAAAGUCUUAAGGAUCCCAGUUGAGAUAUGCUUAACAUCAAAUAUCCAAAGUGAACGCCUCUCUUCCUUAUCCAAUCAUCAUUUUGCUGAUAUUUACAAAGUCAACCAUCCAGUGGCACUGUGCACUGAUGAUUCUGGCCUUUUCUCAACAUCUCUGUCAAACGAGUACCAUCUUGCUGCCUCAACAUUUGGACUAAACAAGCGCGACAUGUUUAUUCUUGCUCGAAGUGCCAUUCAAUUUUCAUUUGCUGAUCUUGAAGUCAAAGAAGAGCUUAGUAAGAUUUUUUGUGAAGCUGAAGGCACAUUAUUCAUGUAAUAUUCUCUAAUUGGAAUUGAUCGUGCUCAUAAUUAGACAUUGUAUUGGAAGUUUCAGUUUAUUGAAAUCAUAAUCAGAUAAUGGAUUAGUGUGCCUUGCAAAUA